AUGUUCGAGUGCGGCACUUGCGGCAAGGCCUUCCCCGCGGGAUGGAAGGCCCGCGAUCAGCAUUGCGACGCCACGGGCCACGAGCGACCAGACUUCGAGUGCGACACGUGUGAUGCGUACUUUGGCAGCGAGACCGCGCGUCAACAGCAUAUGCGCGCCAAGGGGCACUUUUCUUCCGAAUGGGAGUGUGCUUGUUGCGACGACCUGUUCGAUACUGAAGCGGACUGCCGUCAGCACAUGAUUGAAGACCACUACUACUGCUCCGACUGCGAUCGCACCUUCAUGAAUCUCAACAACAUCAAGCAGCACCUGAAUUCCAAAACCCAUCGCGGCAGCACUAUCAAGUGCCCCUUUUGCGCCGUCGCGUACACCACCGCGACCGGUCUGACGCACCAUCUUGAGCGCGGAUCAUGCGCUAGAGCUCCCCAGAUGGACCGCGACGCAAUUUACCGACUCGUCCGGUCCCGCGAUCCCGAGGGCCUCAUCUCCAAGCGCUCCAUCGCCUGGGAGCAGUCGAGCAAGGUCGACUACCUUGCUAGCGAGCACGCAUGGAACGGCAGGGGCUACCAGUGCUACUUCUGUUCCAGGGUGUUCCGGCAGCUCCACGAUCUCAACCAGCACCUCAAUUCCACCGCCCAUCGCGAAGCGCUGUACCACUGCCCGAACCGGAACUGCCGCAUGGAUUUCAAGAGCCUGGCUGCGGUCAUCAAUCACUUGGAGAGCGAGUCGUGUGGCGCCAUGCGUUUCGAGACUGUCCAGAACCGGAUCGGGGAUAUCAUCAGCGGCAACAGCUUGCUUCGGUUUUGAGCCGGCUAGUAUUAUUCGCCGGCUACCAGUAAAGGGAGUUUGAGUUACCUCCCGGUGUUUGAUGCCGUUCUGUUGGGUUACUGCCGGUUUUGCCCGACGUUUGUUUAAGAGCUAGAUGUUUGUAGGAAGGAAAUGAGCUGUAUGGACAUGUA